GGUACUUUUUUAAAAAAUACAAUAGUUGAUUUGAUUUUAUAUCGGAGUAAAGUUAAAUCUUUUGUUGCAACUAGUUUUUGAAGUGGUUAUCGACGUUACAAAUUUGUGCCAGAAAUUGCGAUUUUAGUCAUCAGAAAAAUCAAUAAUGGUUUCAGGUUGCUCGUAAUGUCUCGCAAUGUCCCUGACGCCAGCAGCUGAGAACGCAACGACCACCGCCGAGGAACAGCAGCUAUUGCACCAGAUCCAGCACCAGCAGAAGCGUGCCAGCGUUCAGCACCACAGCCAUAACGUGCAGCACAACUCGCAACAACCGAUUACGCUAAUCUUGCCCACCAGCGGAAAGCUCUUCUACGAAAAGAAGCAGGACUUUGCGCUGUGCAAGCCCCAGCUGCUGCCGCUGAAGUCGUUCAGCCUUGAGAAGCUGGAGAAGAUGCAAAAGGAGGCCCAUCGGCAGCUGCAGGAGAACCGUGCCCGUACCGCUGCCGCCGCCGAAAAUUUCUAA